AUGUUGGGGAGGGAGUGUCUCGUCCGUACGCACAGACAGCAGGGAGCAGCUGAAGCAAGAGGACUUCUGGUAACAUUUCGCUGCAUUGCUGAAAGUGACAUAUUAUCAUUUAAAACUUGAACAAUUCUAGAAUAGCAUUGUAUCAACGACAGCUAAAAUGGUAGAUCGCGAGCCACUGGUGCAGAAAGCCAGGCUGGCCGAACAGGCUGAAAGAUAUGAUGAUAUGGCAGCAGCCAUGAAAUCGGUGACAGAGUCGAACGAGGCCUUGUCCAAUGAGGAGAGGAACCUGCUCUCUGUGGCCUAUAAGAACGUGGUGGGGGCGCGGCGCUCGUCCUGGCGCGUCAUCUCCAGCAUCGAGCAGAAGACCUCGGCGGACGGCAACGAGAAGAAGAUGGAGAUGGUGCGUGCGUACCGCGAGAAGAUCGAGAAGGAGCUGGAGACCGUGUGUCAGAACGUGCUCAACCUCCUGGACAACUUCCUGAUCAAGAACUGUAACGACACGCAGCACGAGAGCAAAGUAUUUUACCUGAAGAUGAAAGGCGACUACUACCGCUACCUGGCCGAGGUGGCCACGGACGAGAAGAGGGUCGGCGUGGUGGAGUCCUCUGAGAAGUCCUACAGCGAGGCCCAUGAGAUCAGCAAGGAGCACAUGCAGCCCACCCACCCCAUCCGCCUGGGUCUGGCCCUCAACUACUCCGUGUUUUACUACGAGAUCCAGAAUGCACCUGAGCAGGCCUGCCACCUGGCCAAGACCGCCUUCGAUGACGCCAUCGCUGAGCUAGACACCCUGAACGAGGACUCCUACAAAGACUCUACUCUCAUCAUGCAGCUGCUACGAGACAACUUGACACUGUGGACCAGCGACCAGCAGGAUGACGAGGGUGGCGAGACCAAUAACUAGAGAGUCCCUAAAGAGACCUCCGUGUCCUGUUUCAGCAAUACACACAACACGCCCACGCGCUCACAAAUGACAACAAACAAAAAUGAAACGGUUCUUAGAAAUGUUAAAAUGUUGGCUGGUGGAACUUUGGUAGCCACUUUUGCCGAUGAUACAACAGCAACUGCAGUUCAUUAUUUUUCCCAACAAAUAUAAAAAGUGAAGAAACAAUUUAAUUAAAAAGAGGAGUAGGAGGGGAGAUGAGUUUAGUUUCUAGUAUAGUUUUAAAAAAAAUAAAAAAAUAAUAAUAAUAGAUAAACCCCUCCCUUCUUGAUUGCCUCUGCAACUUUUGUCAAAACACCACUUGAGAAUGAAGAAGGUCUGUGGUCAGUGAGUCAGUGAGUCAGUCAGUCAGUGAGUCAGUCAGUCAGUGAGUCAGUCAGUCAGUGAGUCAGUGAGUCAG